AUGUUCUACGUUUUACUUUUCUCCUCUCACUUUUUUGUUUGUGAGACCCCCUUCUCGUUUUUUAUAUAUUCGUCUACUUUCAAUCCAAUUAUAUCCUCCCCACCGUUUUCCGGUGUUCUCUGUUACUAUGUGUUUUAUGUGGUCACGAAUCGGAUGAUCAUUGUGGUGACGCCGACGUACAAACGGAUGACCAGAAUUGCGGAUAUGUUACGAAUGGCAAACACCCUGUCCCAUGUCAAAGACCUCCAUUGGAUUGUGAUAGAAGACGGAAACAAAACGAUCCCGGCUGUUCAAGACAUUCUGGAUCGAACUGGCCUACCGUAUACCUAUCAAGCACACAAGACAGCGCUUGGAUACCCAAGAAGAGGGUGGUAUCAACGGACAAUGGCUCUGAAAUUGAUUAGAUCAAAUACGUCACAGAUUCUGGGACAGGAUCAUCAGGAAGGAGUCGUCUAUUUCGGAGACGAUGAUAAUUCGUAUGACAUUCGAUUAUUCACGGAUUAUAUUAGGAAUGUGAAGACACUUGGAAUCUGGGCAGUCGGUCUCGUCGGUGGUACUGUAGUUGAGGCGCCCAAAGUGGUCGACGGAAAAGUCACUGCAUUCAACGUGAAAUGGAACCCAAAACGUCGUUUCGCAGUUGAUAUGGCUGGAUUUGCAGUUAAUCUUAAGGUGGUUCUAAACUCUGAUGCCGUAUUCGGAACAUCCUGUAAACGAGGCGGUGGUGCUCCAGAGACAUGUCUUCUGGAAGAUAUGGGACUGGAAAGAGAAGAUAUCGAACCAUUUGGUUAUGAGAAAACGAAAGACCGCGAAAUCUUUGUUUGGCACACAAAAACGAGCACUCCAAACAUUGUUCAAUCCAAGAAGAACCAAACAAAACCAGUUCCACCGCCGGAUACAUUUGGCUAUUUUGUUGAAGUGUAG